UACGUGAACAGAACGUACAGAUUUUGUUGUUGCGCAGACGUUGCAUUUUGGUUUUGUGAGAAAAUGCAGUAAUCCUUGGCACUGAAGACAUUCAUCGUCCAGGAAUGUGUGCUCCAAAGAACUACAGUUAUAUGUGAACAAUUGCAUUUCAAAAGGAACUUGUCAAUAUCGACUUGAAAAUCUGCCAUCGACGCUAUGAAAGAAAACGGGUCUUUUCUGUCCCGUAUCAUACGUGAACAGAACGUACAGAACAUGCUCCAAAGAACUACAGUUAUAUGUGAACAAUUGCAUUUCAAAAGGAACUUGUCAACAUCGACCUGAAAGGAUGACGAACACGGCGCAGUAUAGAGGAUACAGGAAAAUGGUUCUACCGCAGGAUGUCGCCCCCCUCCCCCCUUCCGCCGACCGAGUAUACAACGAGGGGAUUCUCGGAUAGGGACGCGAGCUUCUAGAAUUGAUCCUCGGACACGCACUCCGAAGUAGCCAUGGCUGGUCGAGAUAUGCUUCAGGAUGCCACAGAAACGGAGUUAAGACAAAUGGCUCUGAAAAUGAAUGACGCGUUGAGUCAGUUAAGGAACGCUCGAUCGCCCUUCGAUGGCGAUGAUUUUGAAGCCCGAAGCACAGGAAGGAGUAAAGGGAACCGAAGAUGCUCUUCAGCCCCUUCGCCACUCGGCAACCAAAAUAGCUCUCGUAAUAAUCUUAAUCCUAAAUUCAGAGGUCGUGGUUCAGGUAUAGAUCGAAAUCCGAAUCGAGGUACAGCUCAAGAACGUGGCCGAGGUCGAGGUCGGUUUCAAAGUCGAGGUCGGAGUCGAGGUAAAAAUUGGAAUCGUGAUGGGAGCUACCAACCUCAGCGAUAUUGGGGACAGCCAGACCCUCUCCGUCAGUACGAGGAAGAACCCUGGAGCCCGAAUCCACCCGUUGCCUUGAACCCAAAGGUACUUGUGGAUGCGUUAAUCAAGUCACGUGAUUUAACUGCAAGCCUGCUAGAGCUCAUGGAGCAGUGGUGUCUCUCGCCUUCAGCAGUAAGAGAAACUGUGACCCAGUAUCCGAAGGUUUUUGACCUAAAUGGAGAAAAGGUGGAACUGCGACCAGAAAUUGUAGUAUGCUCUCAUCACUCAGACCCUGAGGGAUGCCGGGACCGAAGUGCCUGUAGGAACAUACACAUUUGUCAGCAAUACAUCAGAAAUUUGUGCAAGGAUUCUUACUGUGUCUUUGGCCAUAAGUGGCGUACCGAUCACAAUAUUGCUGUCCUUCGUUCAUAUUUCAUAGAGCAUAUCCCUGUGCCAAUCUUGCAAAAGAUUUUGGUUCAGCCUUUACAUACUGUGGCUCCUGUUGGUAAAAUAGCUAUUUGUUUUGAAUACAACACGAAAGGUUGCAUCCAAGAUGACUGUACUUCACUUCAUAUAUGUCAAAGUUUUGUUGCAUGUCGAACUAGAUGUCAGCAACAAAAAUGUCAAUUAAAUCAUGACCCGCUGACUCCUCAGUGCUGUAAAGUUCUCUCUGCACAUGGCUUCUCAACCAAUGAAACCCCACGUGAUAUUGUUGUAGCAAUAUUAGCUGCAAAUUCCGAAAUUCUUCAGCAGGAUACGAAACAAAAUACUGUUGGUUCACAUGAAACCAAAUCAGUGAAUAAAGGUGAAUCUAAAAACACCGAAAAACGGAAGGAAGAAUCUGAAAUUCCAGUGACGAAUGAGGGUUAUAUGUCCAAAGAUUCUGAAAAACGGAAGGAAGACUCUGAAAUUCCAGUGACGAAUGAGGGUUAUAUGUCCAAAGAUUCUGAAAAACGGAAGGAAGAAUCUGAAAUUCCAGUGACGAAUGAGGGUUACAUGUCCAAAGAUUCUGAUGAUGCUUCCUCAGAUGAUGAAAAUGAUGUUCAGUCUACAAGUAGUCUAAAAUCUGAAAAAACGAAUGAAGAUAGUGUUCCAAGCAAGACCACCAAAAUUGCUGACAGCAAUACAACAAAAUUAAAGCAUUCCCAUACUUCAAGCACAUCUCUACCUAAAAGUACUCCAGUAUCAAUAAAGACGUAUUGGACACAGGAUGUUCAAGGAAAUGUGGCUGUCCCAGAGAUUUGCUAUUACUCAGUUGAAGGAAUGUGUAGGGAUGAAGGCUCAGGCUGCAAGAGACUUCAUUCAAGUGAGCAUUUCCACUGGCAAGUGAUGAAACAGAACGAAUAUUGGUAUAAUUUGCCAGAACAGCAGGUGAUCACUUUGGAACGCUCCUUUUGCAAUCCUGAUGAGGACUGUGUCGAUUUACCUCGGUUAGAUCCUACUCAUCUGAGGGCUUCAGCUAGAGGUCUUCUUAUACUGAUGGGACGUGAUACCUGGACAGCCAGUUUCAGUUCAAUGAGUCUGACUAAUUCAUCUAAAAGUCAGAUACUGAAAAUACGCAGGUUAUGUACACAGUAUAUUGAUGGACAAGAGAUUAAGCCAUCCAAUUUCAUUUGGUACUUUUUGGAUAUAAAGAAAAACUGGGUACAAUAUGGACUCUCUGAUACAACAGGGGAGACUAAUUUGAUAGUAAAUGCAACAUCUAAAGACAUUGAGAGAGAGUACCGCCAAAAUCCGGCAUCCACUUAUUCAUUCAAGAGUACAGCUUUCCACUAUGUUUUAGAUUUCAAGAGUAUGACUCAGACUAACCAAAAAACUAAUGUAGUAAGGCAGGUGAGACGACGUCCUGAGCCACACCUAAAAGACCAGGAUGAAGACUCUGAAGAUGAGAAGCCCAAAGACCUUCCUUCGUCUUGGGAGAUAAUGCAGCCUGAAGAACGGGUCCGUAUGGUAACUUUGGCCCCGUCAUCGAGUGAAUACCAAACAGUCACUGCUCUUUUGAAUGGCCGUAUUUCUACAUCCAACGUCAUCAAGAUUGAAAGGGUACAGAAUCCAUACUUAUGGCGUGCAUUUGGAAACAAAAUUACUGAAAUGUCAUCCGUGCUAGGUGACAAAACGAAAGUGGAUAUCCGACACUUAUUCCACGGUACAAAUCAUAAUGUUGUUUCUAGUAUCUGUGCCGAAAACUUUGACUGGCGUCUUCAUGGUUCAAGCAGUGGACAAGCAUAUGGUCGUGGGACUUAUUUCUCAACUGAUGCUGCAUACUCUUAUUCAUACUGUGGACCCGAUGGUUCAGGAAUGAAAUACCUUUUUGUUGCACAAGUUGCAGUGGGUACUUUUACCAGAGGCAACUCAUCGAUGGUUCGACCUCCUCCCAAUCCUGCAACUGGCAUGCUUUAUGACUCGACAGUAGAUCAGGAAAACAUGCCAAAGAUCAUAGUUAAAUAUGAUAAACAGGAAUAUUUCCCUGAGUAUAUAUUAACUUUGGUAUAAUUCGAGUAUGAUAUUUGCCACAUGAAUGGCUUUGUUCACCCUGAAUCUUCAGAAUAAUAUUUGUUGGCCGAUCUUCAAAGGAGACUAAUACAAUGUUUUCAAACUAGGGCAAUUACCCAAGUUGGUGGUUUCUGGCAAUUAACAAGGUACUUUCUAAAAGUAAUAACUCCUUGGCAUAAUGUUAUGUUCCCCUCCCGCUAGGGAUUCUCGCAAUAUUUUAUUAAAUAGCAAAUAUAAUUACCAUAAAUAAUGUAACAGUAAUGUUAUUUUACCAGUUAACUGAGAUGAUUUUUUGAUUCCUGAUUGUAAUAAAGGUAGCAAUGGUCUGAAGAGGAAUGCGGUAGGGGGGACAUCAAAUGUUUAAGAACCACCAAUUUAAUACUUUGUAUUUUACUUUAGCCCCAGGAAAUUGUAGGCCACCACCUCUGAUGUUAUUUUACCACUUAUACUGGAUCAUAAUAUAUUUCUGAGAUUGAUAACCCUACAAAACUAUAGGCAACUGAUGAUAUUUCAAAAUAGAUAUAUAAUGCUCAUGGGAUUAUGAUAGCUGGUAGUAUGGAAUAUCAUUAUUUCUAAAUAUUUGAUUGUAAUUCAUGUAAUGGCUUUGUUUGUAUCACACUUGUAUCCUAAUGACAGUAAAUAAUCACUGAUCUUUAUAGCUUAUUGCUUUACAAGAACACUUUCUUACUCGCAGUUGGUGCAGGUUAUUUCUUAAAUUUACUCGUUUACUUGAAUUUGUAUCCGACUAUUAUAUAUUUAGUAUAUGAAUAAACACACAAAGCUUUCUUGGCCUUUAACAUUCUAUUUACCUCAAGCAGUUUGUAGUAUGCGUUAAUUAGUUAUUUUGUAAUUCCUAUACAUAAAAUGUGUUUGAGAUGUAGAUAUUCAAAGGAUUUUGUAUACACUAUGUUUUUUCUUUUUUUUAUCGCACGCUGGUUGGUUGUUUAUUAACCCAAUUGCCUCAUAUGGCAAGAAUACAUGUCAUUCCCACUGUAAUACAAGUAAUACAUAGAUGGCUCUACAAGUGCUUAGUCACCAAGGAGUCGGUUAUUAAUCCUAACUAUCUCACCUGUUUACCCGUUUUCUCGACUUUUGGAGAAGGUCUUUUGCAUUAUUUCAUUGUCGAGAUUUCUAUAACAACUUAAUAAUCAUAACAUCAAUAACAAUGAUAACAGUAUCGUUGUCAACUGGAUUAAAAAGAAAAACAUUUUCCGGCCAAUUCAAGGAAUAGGGAAAUCAGGAACGGUCAACUAGGGCUACUGAUAGAUUCCUUGCCGGCUGAGCACAUGAGCCAUCUGCGUGUAACAACAUUCACAAAAAUAUACAGAGAGGCAGAACGUAAAUCCGCGGCGUUUGGGGUAAUGAAGACUGGGUUACUGCUGCCAGCGUUAAAUCUCUGGGAAUUGAUAGUUUGGUGACAAUUUGCGUAGAACAUUAUAGAUUUAAGCGGGACAGAAGUCUUGCCUUUUUCUUACCUUUUUAUAUAUAUACUCUCGACCAAGUUUUUUCUAUAUCUUCAUUCUCUGUGAGUUGAAGGUCUCGCCGAGAGAAGUCACUAGAAGUACGAAAUUUGAAAUUCAUGUCGAAUAGAUAAAUAGGUUAGAAAAAAAUAACUUGUAACUACAAAAUUUGGAUUUCUUUAUUAUAAUGAACAAAAUGUCAAC